CAUAACCUUGCCUCUGUUGUGUUUGUGUAUGUUUUCUUGUGCAUGCGGUACUCGUUGUUGAUCCUGUGUGCCUUUGCCACCUACUCUCUUAAUCCCGACUGCGUAUAAAUAGCAGUGCCUUUCAUCGCCUUCUCUUCCUUUGACCAUGUCAGACCCCUCCCGCUUGGACGACGACCCACAGCAAUCGCGCCAUAGAAGAACUGAAUUGAGCCGCGCGAAUACCACUGGAGAGGAUACGAGCCUUUUCCACGAAAUCCACGAGACACUUCGUCGAUUGCUGCAGCACAUGGUCUUCGUUGCUUUGCUGACUCUUCGACUGUAUAUGCUUCCACUGCUGUAUAUAUCGCACAAACUCGCGUCACUUGACGAUCCCUGGUAUCCUGCAUCCUGGAAUUUCAUCCUCUACCCGGGUAGAAGUGCGGUAGAUUGCGGUUGUUGCAGGAAAAGAGAAGGGAGCGGGUUUUUGAGCGCGGUAUGGUGUGAACUCAGCCGUGGCUUCGCAUCACGUCUUCGCACAUCGAGGUAUCUUUAUUUGCUGGGCAAAAUCCUCGGAGAAGAUCCCGGCAUCCUCCAAUCUGCUCCGGCCUUAUCCCUGGGUAACGCAGUGGUUGACGUCCAAAGCGAGCUAGACAGUCAACAGCAGGUCCCCGACACUCACUCCAAUGAACCCCAACCUGAAGUGUCUGCAAGUGCCUCUGAGGUAUAUCACGCCGCUCUUGUCAAUGGGACCACUCUGGACGACAUCCUAGCGGCAUUCGAGGCAGAAGAGGAUGUCUCCGAAGCAGAAGGCAGCUAUAUGGACGUGUCGUCGAACUCCGCAUCGAAACCCAUUGUCGACCAACAAGAACGCGACGUCGAACUCGAUACGCAUCAAUACGAAGAGGUCAGCAUACAGGCCAUACCGGAAAAGCAGAUCGCGCCCGAAGAGGCAGAAGAGAGUACCGUCUCACAGCCUGUGGCGACAGGAAAGGAAAAUUUCCAACAGCAGCGGAAAAUUCCGACCAAGGAUGUUGAAGCUGCAAAUCGAGGAGUCUUCGCCAACGACGAAGAUGCUCAUAUGGGCCAAGCCCCUUCGUGCUAUCGUACAUCCUGUACUGAUCAUGUCAACUUUGACACGGGUGGGAGGCAGAAGCGAGAGAGCUCGGCGAAUUUCAAACGCUGCCCGACGUUCGUCCGAAGACAUGCUCAAACGCAUAUACCAAGAGGAUCUGUGAGUAGCGAAAGACAUUCACUGGCUGUACUGCAUGACAGAGCUAUGAUGUCGUCACCAGCGCUUGGUCUUAGCUCCCCAACGAAGCGAGCAAGACUGCAGCGGAAGGUCGUGGUCUACCAGGACACAGAGAAAGCAGUGAUGCCUGGUUGACCGAAGGGCCACGGUUGUGCUCUUGUCGCUCAUGCGAUAGACCUUGGAUCCGCGAUCAGGCUCUGAUCGGCUGAGGAUGGCAUGAAAUCAAUGCGGCGGCGUCCGCCCGUCCGACUAGAGUGGCGGUGGUGGUGGUCGUGGAAAUGAACGAUCGCAGAGGCUGCCUGCGAAAACGGUCGUUUGGUGGUUAUAUGCGGCAAAUCCGAAUUCACACUUUCGCGGAAGACACAUAAUUUUCUGUCGCUUUCUGUACUUACCGUCGAGCAAUGGGCGUUGUCUUUUGCGCUUUGGAGGAUUGCGAAGAGCGCGUGCUCACAAGACAUAGUCUGGGAACCACCAUAAACCUGAUCCGUUGAAGGUUUUCUAGCAUUUUCAUGGAGUAUCAAAGAGAAUAGGAUUCCGGACUGG